AUGAUUGGUGGAUACGACAUCUACGCGGCCGUCUCGAACAACAACCACCAAGACCAGCAGCUGGUGGACUUGGCAAAUCAGCUCCGUUUGAAGAUCCAGGAUGUGGUGAUGAACGUCUCAGUGAACUACAUCACCGACUCCAUCACACUGCCCGUGAACGUGCCGCAGCAUUUCUUAAAAGAUUUGGUGCCUGCAUUCUCUACGGCGUUUUCCCUGCCAGGAAAUACGGACCAGGAGAGGGCCGAGGCGGCUGCGCAGUUGGUUGCCACUCGGGUUCAAAGAGGUGGACACUUUGCGAACACUUACCCUGAGCAGAUUCAGAGAAGUCGUGAAUCUGCACUCCAGCUGCGGAAGGAAGUGCAAGAGCACAACGUGAACGUCAGGGCCUUCCAUUACAACAGCAGCAACGGCAAUUAUGUGGAGUUCGAGCUGAAGGAAGGAGCGCGCUAA